CGCGCGCGGCUCCGGGAGGAGGCGGCGGCGGCGGAAGCAGCGAGGGCGGCGGGCGUCCGGCUCUGAGGCGGUGAAGGCGGCGACAGCGGCGGCUCCGGACGGGGCUGGGAGCGAGCGACGGUCGGUGGCGCCGGGGCGAGCGCUCAGCCCUCGGCUCAAGCGUCAGCCUGCCGCCCGGACGCCUGGGCCGCGGAGUUUGUGUCCCGGCUCGGAUCCCGGCGCCCAGCCCGGAGCCGUAACCUUGAGGCGGCGGCGGCGGGGCCGGGCCGGGUCGGGCCGGGGGGCGGCGGCACUGGAUCCUCGGCUGCCCGAUCGUUGGCGGGAGAUGUCGAACCCCGGGACACGCAGGAACGGCUCUAGCAUCAAGAUCCGUCUGACAGUGUUAUGCGCCAAGAACCUUGCAAAGAAAGACUUCUUCAGACUCCCCGACCCCUUCGCGAAGGUUGUGGUGGACGGAUCUGGGCAAUGCCACUCGACGGACACUGUGAAGAACACGUUGGACCCCAAGUGGAACCAGCACUACGAUCUGUAUGUUGGGAAAAGCGAUUCUAUAACCAUCAGCGUGUGGAACCACAAGAAGAUCCACAAGAAGCAGGGGGCUGGCUUCCUGGGCUGUGUGCGGCUGCUCUCCAACGCCAUCAGCAGACUCAAGGACACUGGGUACCAGCGCUUGGAUCUAUGCAAACUAAACCCCUCAGAUACUGACGCAGUUCGCGGCCAAAUAGUGGUCAGUUUACAGACGCGAGACAGAAUAGGCACUGGCGGGUCUGUGGUGGACUGCAGAGGACUGUUAGAGAAUGAAGGGACCGUGUGCGAGGACUCGGGGCCCGGACGGCCGCUCAGCUGCUUCAUGGAGGAGCCCGCCCCCUACACGGACGGCACCGGUGCUGCUGCUGGGGGCGGGAACUGCAGGUUCGGGGAGUCCCCGAGUCAGGAUCAGAGACUGCAGGCACAGCGACUUCGAAACCCCGAGAUCCGCGGGUCCCUCCAGACGCCGCAGAACCGGCCUCACGGCCACCAGUCACCAGAGCUGCCUGAGGGUUACGAACAAAGGACAACGGUGCAGGGGCAAGUUUACUUUUUGCACACACAGACCGGAGUUAGCACGUGGCACGACCCCCGAAUACCAAGAGACCUUAAUAGUGUGAAUUGUGAUGAACUUGGACCACUGCCGCCGGGCUGGGAAGUCAGAAGUACAGUUUCUGGGAGGAUUUAUUUUGUAGACCACAAUAACCGAACAACCCAGUUUACAGACCCAAGGUUACACCACAUCAUGAAUCACCAGUGCCAACUCAAGGAGCCCAGCCAGCCGCUGCCGCUGCCCAGCGAGGGCUCCAUGGAGGACGAGGAGCUUCCUGCCCAGAGGUACGAGAGGGACCUGGUUCAGAAGCUGAAGGUCCUCAGGCAUGAGCUGUCGCUGCAGCAGCCUCAGGCUGGCCACUGCCGCAUCGAAGUCUCCAGAGAGGAGAUAUUUGAGGAGUCUUAUCGCCAGAUAAUGAAGAUGCGACCGAAAGACUUGAAAAAGCGACUGAUGGUGAAGUUCCGAGGGGAAGAAGGUUUGGAUUACGGCGGCGUGGCGAGGGAGUGGCUCUACUUGCUGUGCCACGAGAUGCUGAACCCGUACUACGGGCUCUUCCAGUACUCCACGGACAACAUCUACACGCUGCAGAUCAACCCGGACUCGUCCAUCAACCCUGACCAUCUGUCUUACUUCCACUUUGUGGGGCGCAUCAUGGGUCUGGCUGUGUUCCACGGACACUACAUAAACGGGGGUUUCACGGUUCCCUUCUACAAGCAGCUACUGGGGAAGCCCAUCCAGCUCUCCGACCUGGAGUCGGUGGACCCCGAACUGCACAAGAGCUUAGUGUGGAUUCUAGAGAACGACAUCACCCCUGUGCUGGACCACACUUUCUGUGUGGAGCACAACGCUUUCGGGAGGAUCCUUCAGCAUGAACUGAAGCCCAACGGCAGAAAUGUCCCCGUCACAGAGGAGAACAAGAAAGAAUACGUCCGGUUAUAUGUCAACUGGAGGUUUAUGAGAGGAAUCGAAGCCCAGUUCUUGGCUCUUCAGAAAGGCUUUAACGAACUCAUCCCUCAGCACUUACUGAAGCCUUUCGACCAGAAGGAACUAGAGCUGAUAAUAGGUGGCCUGGACAAAAUAGACGUGAACGACUGGAAGUCCAACACGCGGCUGAAGCACUGUGCGGCCGACAGCAGCAUCGUCAGGUGGUUCUGGCAGGCCGUGGAGGCCUUCGACGAGGAGCGGAGGGCCAGGCUCCUGCAGUUCGUCACGGGGUCCACGCGCGUCCCGCUCCAGGGCUUCAAGGCCUUGCAAGGUUCUACAGGCGCCGCAGGGCCCCGGCUGUUCACCAUCCACCUCAUUGACGCGAACACGGACAACCUCCCGAAGGCCCACACCUGCUUCAACCGGAUCGACAUCCCGCCCUAUGAGUCUUACGAAAAGCUCUACGAGAAGCUGUUGGUAGCGGUGGAGGAGACCUGUGGGUUUGCUGUGGAGUGAGGAGCAACCAAAGGCAACAGAUUCUAGCUCAUGACCACCAGACCAAAUGCCUGUCGCCUUCCGCGCGCCUCCUGUGAAGUGGGCCGAGGCACUGGAUUCUCGACAACCCGAGGGGAAGGGGCGUCGCCCUCCUUUGUGUCGGGGGAGCGAGGGGGCGGGGGACUUUGGUUGGUGGCGCCCACCCAUAUGUUUCCUCCUGCGAGACAGCACGCCCACACCCUUCCAUCUCCCAUCCAAUCAGACACCGCCAGGUUUAGGGGGCCCGGCCACACAGGGUGUCCUGCCGCGGCUGUGAUGUGCGGCUCCUGGCAGGCUCGCUGCCCUUGCGGGCUUCCUGGGGCGGCGGCCUGUGGGCCAGAACCUGGGCUUGCCCUCGGAGGGUGUGCAGCUGGUCACCACGCCAGCCUUCCGUCUCCAAACAGACCACAGGCCUGCGCUCUGGUUCCACUCAGUUCCGGACUCUGUGCCCCGCAGCCUGCCCCGGGUGGCGGGCUGACUCUGCUCCCGGAAAAGUAACCGUACGAUGCCCGGCCGCAGCAGGGAGCCGGGGUUCUUUUCGAAAGUGAGGGAGUUGGGGAAGCUCUAGCUGAAGGCCCUGGGUACUUCUUUGUAGGGUAUCCUGGUUGAAAUUUUUGUUUUGCAUAAAGGAAAACGACCUUUCUUUUUAAAGAGUCCCUUUUACCACAUUAUCCAGUUAGAAAUAUUUUUACAGGGGAGAUGCCACCUGACGAGGCUCCUGAGCCGUGGCCCCUGUGCCGCCUGCUGGUGGAGAGGGCAGCUGGCUUGCUCGGAUUCUAACAAACUAUUAAUGCGGAAAUUUGCUAAGAGCUGAACUAAUAAAACAAAAUUCUAUUACUACAGCUGCUGGCUUGGUGCAAACAAGGUUAAAAGGGAGAUGGGCAGCAGAUAACCCGGUGACCGAAGUGCACCCCGAGUCACUGGUGUGCGAGAAGCUGGGCAUGGUAUGAGCCUGACAGUGCAGGGGAACCGGCCCACCCCACCUUUGGGCCAGUUGCCGGGGUCAGGUGGCGGCCCGACAGCUGCUGCUCGAUCCCCCACCAGCCGAGGCCCUGCCUCCCACACAGGUGCCUGGCAGUGUCCUAACCAGCGGCUUGAUGCUCCAGGCAGUGGGCCUUCAGGGCAGAAACGGUGGCAGCCGCAGACAUCCCGUCCGGUUCUUUGUUUUUGUUUGGGGACAAGUGCAGGGUUGUUUAUUGGAGAGACAUACCACUGUUGAAAUCCGAUGUUGAUGCUUCUGAGGUCGGCGCUGGUCCCUGCUGUGGGUCUAAGCUGGGCUGGAAGGGGCUUUUGGCCAGCUGCGUCGGUGCCCUGGUUACCGCCAACGCCUGCAGACGGCUGGGUGUGAGGCACGCUUACCUUCUGCACCCCGCUGUUUCCUCGCCUUGCCCCUGAAGCCAUCCAUAGUCUGAUGUGGGGGGCGUGCAGACCCUCUCUCUGGAACCCCCCCCCACAUGGAGGUGGGUCCCAUUCAGCGGAUUCCACAGCUGCCAGAGAGCCGAGCCUCCAGGCUGCCUGCCGGGUUCGAGACAGAAGGGAUGUGAUUUGCUGCAGAGGGAAAACCGUCCACUCACGCGUCCAGGCCAGAUCCCGGGCUUUGUCCUCCCAGAGGUGUGCUGUGUUGCAGUGGGGCGCCUCCUGUCUCGUUUGCUGUGACACUUUCCGAGGGCGUUCCAGAAACUGGCCCCAGGGAUCCGUCCAGUCCCCCAUCGGAGUCCCCUCCUCUGAGAGAGACGUGAACAGCACCGACCCCCACCAGCCAGGUCUGCCCUCCCGUACCCCAGGGAGGGUCUGAUGGUAGCAGAGGCUCCGAAGCAGGAAUGUGGCAGGUGACCCCUUUAGAAGGACCUUCCUGCCGUCAGGAGGAGCCACCAGCCCCAUGCCACUCCCGCAUCAGAUGGCCUCUCAGUGGGACACACGGGGCCACGUCCCGGCUCCUCCAGGAGCCCCUCGGGACAGGAGGUGCCCGUCCAUCCUCGAGGCCCGGGCCUCUGCUUUUUCACUCACACUUGCCCUGGGCAGCUCAGCCACUGUGUUACCAAGGAGCCUCAGAGAGCAGAACCUUCCGGAGCUCCCGUUUGCUCUUGCCAAACAGGCCUCUGUCAGCGGCACCGUAUUUCUGGAACCUUAAAUAUUGCCGGUGAUUUGGGCCUUUUGAACUACCCCAAAGAAUAGUGUAGCAAGCAGUGGGUGACCGCUUCUUCAACCCUUCGGGGUCCGUGGGAGCCCCGCUGACGCGAGCUCCCCUCUGUGUUACCCUUCCCUCUCGGUGAUCCCAGCCGGCCCCCCUGUCCCUGCCACUCUGCCCGGAUGCUUCAGGCUUGCCCCCACUGGCGGUCAGCAGCCGAGCCUCAGGGAUGACCACCGCUCUGCCAGCACUGUAGGUGGGAGGGGCGGAGGGCCGUGUGUGGGGCCAGUCAUUCGAGCUCCCUCGACCUCUGCAGGGAGCACGCCCGCCGGAACCGUGGCUCCUGAGCCCACUCGGCCUCAUGGUCCAAGUUCAGGGCGGGCGGGCUCAAAUCCGUGCUGUCAGGAGGGGCCUGGUGCAGAGGAAGGCCCGCCCACCCGUCUGCAGCCAGGCAUACAUAGUAUGAAUUUUUAAAAUUUGUUUAUUUUUGUUUCUCAACCACUUUAUAAUGUAUUUUUUAAUUUAUUUUGUAAUGUCUUGUUUUUAAGUAUUGCUGCUAUCCUUGUUAUUCUUCCCACUGUUUUUAUUGCUGAUUUAUUUUGUGAAAGUUGUACACUAAUGUUCUGUUUUAUGUCAAAAUCAAAAGUAUUUAAAGAAAUACUAGUUCUAUUUAAUGCGGCUGUGGAGCCAGCUGGAAACACAGAACCACCGGCGACCGUGCGGCAGGCUGGGCCCAGAGGCCAGGUUCACUUUGUUACAUAUGCAAUAAACUCACGACUUGA